ACCCCUACUUGUUCUUUGUUUAUCACUUCCGCUGGAGUCUCUGCUAACACCUCCUUGAGACUCCUGUAUCCCGGUAUUGUCCUCGUACACCUACUGUACCGCGAACAUUUCACCACCACACCACCAGCCACAUCCAUUUUUCGCAGCACCGCACAGCAAGCACAGCACAGCACAAUACAAGCUAGCACCGCACACGCGACAAAAUACGCGUUCACCCUGACCAUGAGAACGCGCCGCUCCGCCCCCACGGGCUCCGACGACGGUGAAGACGAUCACAUGCGUCGCCUCAUCGAUCCUAAGACCGGCGAGGUUCCCAGGAGUGUCCGCGAACUGAUCAUUGAUAACGGUCAGAAGGAGGAGAAGAAGGAGAUGGGAUAUUACACGUGGCGCGGCGCUUCCUACGCCAUUGACGAGAACACUCCACAGGAAUGGAUCGAUGCCGAGGCCCACCUCAGGAAGGACGCAGAGAAGAAGGCCAACGCCCCUGUCCGCCCUCGCAAAAGCAAGAGCGAGACGUCCGCCAAUGCGCCCGUGCGUUUCACCAACCUCAAGCCGAGGGACCCCAAGCUGCGAUCGCUUACUCCUGAUGAAGAGGAGAUGCACCAGGAGCAGGAUGAGGGCCAGGUCGAGGAGCUGCUGUCGACAGCAGCGGUGAUCGACAAGAACAGCAAGCGACCGAGAGAGGCUAGUCGCGAGGCAGAGCCUGUCCGCACCAAGAAGCCAAAGCAGCAGCAGAAGGAUCCCACCAGUCUCAAGAACAGACCCCCAAAGGGCCACUACCUGUUUCCGGCGUUGAGUACGAAGCCCGAAAAGAAGAAGAAGAAGCGACCAAAGUCGGUGCCGAAGCCCAAUAUCCCACGCGCGAAGGAGGAGGAAGAGCAUGUCGAACAGGAGUAUGUCGAACAGGAGCUUGUCGAACAGGAGCAUGUCGAACAGGAGCAUGUCGAACAGGAGCACGUCGAACAGGAGCACGUCGAACAGCAGCAUGUCGAACAGGACCGUCAGUCCGCGCCACAGAUGGAGCUGCGCGACACUGCCACCGUCCCGGACAUGUCCCUCGCCCUCAGCAUCGCCGUCACCGAUGAGGACAAGAAGAUGAUCUCCCGAAUCUUCGGCCACAUCACGGAACCAGAAGCGAAUCCGCUGGCCACGACCAUCGUCGACCUUGCCAAGAUCCAGGCGCGAGCACAGAACAACCUCGCUCGUUCCGAGGCCCUACUCUCCACUAUGAAGGAGUUCAAAGACCAGCUUCUCGCCAAACAGGGGCGCGAAAGCCCCACUCGGGACUCCGUGAUGGCACAAGACUCGGUCUUGGGAGCCCAAGACAUUGAGCACCCCUCUUCUCCCAAGGAGUCUCCCACUGAGAUGGACCACCACGCCGCCCCGACCUCACGCAUGCCAUCCCUCUCCCACUCCGCUCAGUCCGAGCUCGAGUGGUAUGCCCCCUCCCCUACCACUUCUCAGUACAUGAACCCUGUCCGCGACUCGGACCAUGAUGGUGGCCCGCCCGGACAAUACAGCAGUAGUCUUACUGCCGAGAAGCUCCAGGCCGCUCUGGACGGAUAUCCUCCUGCUGCCAUGCAUUCCGGUCAGGAUUCAAAGGGAGGUGGCCAUUCUGCAGAACCUGCCCAGGCUGCUGGAUGAUUGGCAGCCUGUCAAUAACAGUAUUUCUGCUUCCUCCGCCUCCGGUGGAAAAUGAGGUCAUUCUCUCUCUGCUGGAGGGUUGAAGGAAAGAAAGAAGCAAGAACGAAGGAAACCAGCAAGGAGAAGAGGAGUUGUGGUGGGGGAUGAUGAUGAUGAUGAAGACGAGCGUGACUUUUUACUUUUCUUUUGUAUGGAGCGACUACUACUACUCGGUUUCUUCCUGGGGGAUAAUAAGCAGCAAUAGCAGCAGCAGCAGAGAAGACGGCUGCCUCCGGAAGAAACCCGAAAGAUGACAAGGAUGACGGACCUUUGUGACGAUGAAACUGAGAGAUGAACUUGAAAUGAGAUCGAAAAGAAAC